ACAUCGAUAUCGAUAUCCUUCCCUACCAUUUGGUCUCACUCAUUCUCACUCACUCACCUGCACCACCAGCCAAGAGCCAACACGAUCUCGGCAAGAUCUCCACUCCACUAGCUGCUCACUCGCUACUAGCAACAGGAGGGAGAGAUCGAGCGCUGCCACUAGCCAAGAACCGAGCAGCCAUGGAGUCGUCGGCAGCGACGCAGACGGAGCGCCACGGCCGCGGCAACGCGACGGCGACCACCAUCGCCAAGAGCAGGUGGGGGCCCUACUCGGGCGCCGGGGACUUCGCGGGCAACAUGGCCGUCAUCCUCGCGUCCCUGCUCGCCGCGCUCGCGCUCGCCCUCGCGCUCCACGCCGGCGUCAGGCACCUCCUCCGCCGCCGCCGGCAGAGGCAGCGGCAGACGAACGGCGCCCAGGCGCCGGACCCGGAGAAGCCGCCGCCCGUGGCGCCACCGCCGGCGCUGCUGGAGCUGGUGUACUCGGCGGCGGAGGCGGGCCAGCUGGCGGGCGCCGCGUCCGAGUGCGCCAUCUGCCUCGCCGAGUUCGCGGACGGCGACGCCGUGCGCGCCGUCCCGGCCUGCGGGCACGGCUUCCACGCGCGCUGCAUCGAGCGCUGGCUCGCCCCCGGCGGGCGGCGGUCCUCCUGCCCGACGUGCCGCGCGCCGGCCUCCACGCCGCCGGCGUCGGCAUCGGCCGGUGCCCCCGCCGCGGCGGCGUCCUGAUGCCAUGUCAUGCCAUGCCGUGCCGGGUUGCGUGCCGGCUUCUUGAUGCCAUGCCAUGCCAUGCCGCCGCCGCUCUGUUUCUUUGCAACAAGAGGCUCCCUGUUUUUCCCUUCUUGAAUUUCCUUUGUUCCUUUCAUCUGUAAAUACUACCUAGAAAAUUGAAUCCUGAACUGGGUGCAUGGUUCCAUUC